UCAUUGUGCGCAGCGUUGCGCGGCGCCGCCGGCCGCCCGGGUCUAAGGGUGGAAGUUGGCGCUGCUACCGCCGCCGCCGCCGCCGCCGCCGCCGCUGUCGCUCCACCGCCGCCGCCCUGCAGCCCCAGCGGCUGGCCUCGGUAGCGCGCCGCUCUCCUAAGAUGGCUGCCGCGAGCGGUGCCGUGGCAGCUUCGGCUGCCUCAGCGCAGGCGGAAGGGAAAAAGAUCACCGAUCUGCGCGUCAUCGAUCUGAGGUCCGAGUUGAAGCGACGGAACUUAGACUUCACCGGGGUGAAGACGGUGUUGGUCUCCCGACUCAAGCAGGCUAUUGAAGAGGAAGGAGGCGAUCCAGAUAAUAUUGAAUUAACUGUUUCAACUGAUACUCCAAACAAGAAACCAACCAAAGGCAAAGGUAAAAAACAAGAAGCAGAUGAGUUGAGUGGAGAUGCUUCUGUGGAAGAUGAUGCUUUUGUCAAGGACUGUGAGUUGGAGAAUCCAGAGGCACAUGAACAAGAUGGGAAUGAUGAACUAAAGGACUCUGAAGAAUUUGGUGAAAAUGAAGAGGAAAAUAUGCAUUGCAAGGAGUUGAUUCCUGCAGAGGAGUACAAGGAAGCUCAUGAAUUAAUAGAGGCAGAACCUGUAGAAGAUAGAGAAAAAGAGGACAUCGAAAGUCAGGAAAUUGAAGCCCAAGAAGGUGAAGAUGAUACCUUUCUUACAGCCCAAGAUGGUGAGGAAGAAGAGAGUGAGAAAGAAGGGAACCUAGCUGAGGCUGAUCACACAGCUCAUGAAGAGAUGGAAGCUAAUGCGACUGUGAAAGAAGCUGAGGAUGACAACAUCUCGGUCACAAUCCAGGCUGAAGAUGCCAUCACUCUGGAUUUUGAUGGUGAUGACCUCCUAGAAACAGGUAAAAAUGUGAAAAUUACAGAUUCUGAAGCAAGUAAGCCAAAAGAUGGGCAGGACGUCAUUGCACAGAGCCCGGAGAAGGAAACCAAGGAUUAUGAGAUGAAUGCGAACCAUAAAGAUGGUAAGAAGGAAGACUGCGUGAAGGGUGAUCCUGUCGAGAAGGAAGCCAGAGAAAGUUCUAAGAAAGCAGAAUCUGGAGACAAAGAAAAGGAUACUUUGAAGAAAGGGCCCUCGUCUACUGGGGCCUCUGGUCAAGCAAAGAGCGCUUCAAAGGAAUCUAAAGACAGCAAGACAUCCUCUAAAGAUGACAAAGGAAGUACAAGUAGUACUAGUGGUAGCAGUGGAAGCUCAACUAAAAAUCUCUGGGUUAGUGGACUUUCUUCUAAUACCAAAGCUGCUGAUUUGAAGAACCUCUUUGGCAAAUAUGGAAAGGUCUUAAGUGCAAAGGUGGUUACAAACGCUCGCAGCCCUGGGGCAAAGUGCUAUGGCAUUGUGACAAUGUCCUCCAGCACAGAGGUGUCCAGGUGUAUUGCGCAUCUGCAUCGCACUGAGCUGCAUGGACAGCUGAUUUCUGUGGAAAAAUUUGGUAGACGAAGCGAGAUUGCAGAAAGAGAGCGGCGAGAGCGAGAACACAUUAGAAUAAUUCGUGAACGGGAAGAACGGGAGCGCUUACAGAGAGAGAGAGAGCGCCUAGAAAUUGAAAGGCAAAAACUAGAGAGAGAGAGAAUGGAACGCGAACGCUUGGAAAGGGAACGCAUUCGUAUUGAACAGGAACGUCGCAAGGAAGCUGAACGGAUUGCCCGGGAACGAGAGGAACUCCGCAGGCAGCAGCAGCAGCUUCGUUAUGAACAAGAGAAGAGGAAUUCCUUGAAACGCCCACGUGACGUAGACCAUAGGCGAGAUGAUCCUUACUGGAGCGAGAAUAAAAAGUUGUCUCUAGAUACAGAUGCACGAUUCAGCCAUGGAUCAGACUAUUCUCGCCAACAAAACAGAUUUAAUGACUUUGAUCACCGGGAGAGGAGCAGGUUUCCUGAGAGCUCAGCGGUUCAGUCUUCCUCUUUUGAAAGACGGGAACGCUUUGUGGGUCAAAGUGAAGGGAAGAAAGCGCGACCAAUUACGCGAAGAGAAGACCCAAGCUUUGAAAGGUAUCCCAAAAGCUUCAGUGAUUCCCGAAGAAAUGAGCCUCCACCACCCAGAAAUGAACUUCGAGAAACGGACAGACGGGAGGUGCGUGGGGAACGAGAUGAGCGGAGAACCGUGAUGAUCCAUGACCGGCCUGACCUUGCGCACCCCAGACACCCUCGAGAAGCUGGGCCCAACCCUUCCCGGCCCAGCUCCUGGAAGAACGAAGGAAGCAUGUCUGCAGACAAGCGGGAAUCCAGAGUGGACAGGCCAGAGCGAUCAGGGAGAGAAGUAUCAGGACACAGCGUGCGAGGCGCUCCCCCUGGGAGCCGCAGCAAUGCUUCGGGCUAUGGAAGCCGAGAAGGAGACAGAGGUGUCAUCUCCGAACGAGGAGCCCAGCACUAUCCCGAAGAACGACAUGUUGUCGACCGCCAUGGACGGGACACAAGUGGACCAAGGAAAGAGUGGCACGGUCCUCCUUCUCAAGGGCCUAGCUACCAUGAUGCAAGGCGAAUGAGUGAUGGUCGGGCUGGAGCAGGAAUGAUCUCCCAGCAUUCAAGAAUUGUACAAAUCAGUGGUAAUUCCCUGCCAAGAGGAAGUGGCUCUGGAUUUAAGCCAUUUAAGAGUGGACCUCCACGGAGAUUUUGAAAAUGAGCUACUCUGCCGUGAUUUCGAGAUAAUUUAUUGAAGCUUCACUUGACUACUUACGAAGAGGACCUCUGACCGCUCAAGAAUUCUGUCCACCUUCCUUUUUUUUUUUUUUCUUUUAUAAAAAUUUAACAUGAUUGCUUUUCUCUAUUUAGAGAUGAUGUUUGCAUAGUUCUGUUGUAACUUUUCAUAGUUUUGUGUACCAUUCGACUUUUUUUUUUUCCCUGCAGCACCAACAACACAUUUGGCAAGAUGGAAGGAAAGCAUCUGAGUAGUUUGCAGCCUUAGGUCUGUGGUGUCAGGCUCUAGAGUUUUUCAUCAUCAAGCAUUUUAGCCUUCGUUUUAAAGGCUGGCGAAGCUGAAGAAGUCUGCCAUGUAAAUCUUAGAUUGUUUCUGCAUUUGAGUAUUAUGUAACCUAUUUUUGCAGAAGGUACUGUUACAUUAAGUACAUCUGUGUAUCCUGUUUCAAAGAAAAUGUAACCUUUUUUGAAAUAAACCUUCCUAUUCUGUAUAGUUGCUAAGGUGUUGAGAAGCUUUUUAAUUGUAAAUUGAGACCAAUUUUCAGAUUUAGGGUAGCAGCACAUUUUGUCAGGCUUGCAUGGUAUGAAACCAAAUAGAUGAAUGAAAUCUUGGCCCUGAGCUUUGUAUCGCGAGGUUUUAUUUUUUAGACUGAGAUGUGCAGGUAAGUGCACUUUUCAGCUAAUCUGCACUGUUUGAUGGAUGAAUUCCAUCUCUGGGAAUUGUGUGGGUAUUAAGGUUUCCAUAUUCCCAACUAUGUUGAGAAGUGGAAAACAAACCAACCCAGAUUCUAGAUUGGUGAAUCAGUUGGGUUUUGUAAAAACUUGUAUGUGGAAAGACAUUGUUGUCUUUUUGUGAAAAUAAAGGUCCACACCUCAA